CGAAUGGGAGGAGAGGGGCGGCGAGAGUGGACCAUUGCGAGAUUUUGAUGGCUCUGGGCUUCUACAGAGCUACUGGCGAGAGGGCUAAAGGGAUAGAUCCAAACCCAGCACUGUAGUGGCUUCCUCUCUUCCUUUUUCUUUUUCUCUUCGCGCGCUAGAGAACAAGCUAAAAACAGUAGAAAGACGGUGUGCUUGGCCUUCCUUGGUCCCCCCACUUUGGGUUUGUAUAUAAGAUUUCCCUUUCGGCCAGUUCUAGUGGUACCAAGCAAAGUUAGUGGUCCUCUAGAAGAAAAAGUAGCGAGAGCUAUCAUCAAGACGAUCAUCCAAGCAAAGAGAAAGAAAAGAGAGCUUUUGGCUAUGGAGGAGUAGACACUGUGGAAGAAACACUAUAGGACAGUGGGACCUCUCCCUCUACGUUAAAAGAAAGACGCUUUGCUUUGCUUUGCGUAAGUAGGAUUACGACCAGUAUCUUUCCUUAUCUCUCUUCUUUUCUCCAGACGCUUCUAAGCUCUCGGGUGUCUUGAGGAGCUCUUCGAAGUUCUUGCUUGUCCGAGAGUUCUUUCUCCUUGCUCCAGAGCUCUUGGGUGGAUCGAUCAUCGUCUAUGGAGGGUAACAGGGAAGACGUCCAUGUUGGUGUGGCCAAGUACCCCGAGCGCGAGCUGGGAACCUCGGCGCAGGCCGAGAAGGAUUAUGUGGAGCCGCCCCCGACGCGCCUCAUCGAGCCGUCCGAGUUCUCCUCGUGGUCCUUCUGGCGCGCCGGCAUAGCCGAGUUCUUCGCCACUUUCCUCUUUCUCUACAUCACUAUUCUCACGGUUGUGGGAAAUGUCGAUCGCACCAGCUGCCUUGGAGUGGGCAUCCAGGGCAUCGCGUGGGCUUUUGGAGGCAUGAUCUUUGCUCUCGUCUACUGCACUGCCGGAAUCUCAGGUGGACACAUCAAUCCCGCGGUGACUUUCGGCCUCUUCCUGGCUCGGAAGGUGUCGCUGCCUCGAACGCUGCUCUACAUGGUUGCGCAGUGCCUGGGGGCGAUUUGCGGGGCUGGAGUCGUCAAAGGCUUCCAGAAGGCAAAGUUUAACGCCGCGGGAGGAGGAGCCAACUAUGUCCACCACGGCUACACCAUUGGAGAUGGUCUUGGAGCUGAGAUUGUUGGUACCUUCGUUCUCGUCUACACCGUCUUCUCCGCCACUGAUGCCAAGAGAAGUGCCAGAGACUCCCAUGUCCCGCUUUUGGCUCCACUUCCAAUCGGGUUUGCGGUGUUCCUCGUCCACCUUGCCACGAUCCCCAUCACUGGCACGGGCAUCAACCCAGCGCGAAGUCUCGGCUCGGCUGUCAUCUACAAUGGCGACCAGGCCUGGGAUGAUCAUUGGAUCUUCUGGGUCGGUCCUCUGAUUGGAGCAGCCCUUGCAGCCUUCUACCACCAGUUCGUCAUUCGUGCCAUUCCUUUCCACUAAGAAAGAAAAAGUUGAGACCCAAGGUUUCUUCCAAAGAUCGUGAGGUGAGGGUGGAUUUACUUGGUGGAACUCUCUCUUGUGUGUGUAUAAGCACAAUCGUAGCUUUUAGUAGCUCUUUUCUCCGUCAAGGAAUAAGUACGAUUUCCCCUCAAUCAACUGUAGAGCCCUCUCGCUUGUUAUCGUUAUCUCUUGGAAACCAGGACAUCGUCAGUUCAUGCGCAAGGUGGUACAACAAUAGAAAAUCCUGUUUAAAUAAAAAAUUUGUUUAAAGUCCUAAUAGAUCAAUUGAGAUAACUGUUUUUAAA